GAGAGAGAGAGAGAGAGAGAGGAGGAAGAGGAUGGUAAUGGCGGGGGGAGAGGAGGAGGGUGCGGUGGAGAGGGUGGUGGAGAACUCGAAGGAUCUCCAGGAGCAGAGCAAAGCCCUAGACAAGCUCACCGACCGCGUCGAGGAGGAUCGGCAACUCGACUCCACCCGCGUCCAAGAGGCCAUGGCAGCUCUUGCUUCAGCUAAAGAAGCCGACUGGAAUGCCAUGAGAAUGCGGGAGAAAGAACUUGCUGCUGUGAAGAUCAAUCCUAUUGAUGUGGAUAUAAUCGCAAACGAGCUCGAGUUGGACAAGAAGGUGGCGGAAAGAACAUUGCGGGAGCAUAAAGGCGACGCCGUCGCAGCCAUUCGCUCCUUACUUCGUUAGACAGACUCUGAAUGUAUUCUUCUUUCCCAUAAUUAUGCCCGAGUUUUAUUAGGCUGAAACAGAUAAUAAUCAUGCGAUAAGAGGAUGGAAUUUUAAUCGUGUUCGAAGACAAAAGUUCAUGCAACAACUUCUCGUUACGUUUUUCCCUUGAAUCUUGUGGCUGAAACAAUGUUCUUUAGUUUAGAAGCUUUUUUAGGGUUCUAUUAUUUAUGAAAUUUAUAUUGAGUUUCUGAUUGAUAAUAGUAAA